AUGGCGUCUGCUCCUGAAAUUUAUACCCGGUUUUCCAGCAGCACCGACAACUAUUACAAUAUCGAAGACAUUCUGGCCUCACAGGAGAAAGUGCCGGUCAAAACAGAACUGCCCAUGUAUCAUUUGGGCUUCCUGAACUCAAGUUCUGACAGUGAACACAUUUUGCCGGGUGCCAAAAUGGAGUUGCCGUUUUGGCUGGCGACCGGUUUGUGCAGCAGGAAGCGGAAGAUUGUCAGCGUGGAGCUGCCCAAGUCUUACCGGGCGGGCUAUCGCGAAAUCUUCACCGCCGAUCCCAACGUGGUAGACCUUCACAAAAUGGGGCCGUACUUCUACUCCUUUGGCACGAAACUCUUGUGUUUUGAAAGCACAGAGUCAGAUGACAUCGCCAGGUCUUUACUUCAGACUUUUGUGGGCCGGUUCCGGCGCAUCAUGGAUAACUCACAGAAUGCACUCAACGAGGACAUCACUAAACUGAUGACCAAGCUGGACGAGAUGGAACGCUCAUUGUUCCGCGCCGGACAGCAGAGUCUGAUGGCCUUCCAGCAGUGGGAGACAAGGAAGAUGACCAAGAUGGCCGCCUCGGACAUGGUGGCUGGUCACAGGAAGCGCAAGAGGGCCAUGAUGGAGGACGGAGACUAGUUUGAAUUUAUUUACGCUGAAAACUGAUUCUGGGUCGAGAAGUAAAUGAUUUCUUGAACCGGAAAAAAA